GCCUAGUUAGUUUCUACAUACGUUUCAACUAUUUCUUUCUCUUGGAAGUUUAAGAGAGACAGAGAGCCUUGCAUUUCUCAUGAACCGUGGAGCCGUAUUGGGUUUCUAUUGUUGGGGUUGGGAGUUCUUAACUUCUCUUCUUCUCUUCUCUUCUAUCUUCCCUUGAUUAAUAAUUAGAUAAAGCUUUCACACACUUCUCUCUCUCUCUCUCCUUUUUCUAUUUUUCUUUCAACAUGGAGUCCUUUAGUGAGUCCCAUGAAAAGGGUUUGUUAGAGUAUGCAAGAAAAUCAACACCACCACCAUUUUUAUUGAAGACAUACAUGCUUGUGGAAGAUCCGGCGACCGAUGAGGUGAUAUCAUGGAACGAGGAAGGGACGGGGUUCGUAGUGUGGCAGCCGGCGGAGUUUGCCAGAGAUCUCCUCCCAAAACUCUUCAAGCACUGCAACUUCUCAAGCUUUGUUAGGCAACUCAACACUUAUGGUUUUCGUAAAGUGGCAACAAGUCGGUGGGAGUUUUCAAACGAGAAGUUUCAAAAGGACAAAAGAGAACAACUUUCUCAAAUUCGUCGGAGAAAAGCAUGGUCCAACAAACCCAACAAAUCCACACCACCAUCACCAAAACAGCAAGAUCUUCAUCAAGACUUCAUUAAUACUGAUAAUGUCGUCGAUGAAGACCAAAGGUCUUCUUCAUCGACUUCAAAUUCCUCAUCCUCUGAGCUAACGACACUUGUCGACGAGAACAAGCGACUCAAGAUGGAAAAUGGGUUGCUAAACAAUGAGCUUAGUAGCAUGAGAAACAAGUGCAAAGAGCUUCUUGAUUUGGUCGCAAAGUCUGCUAAUCACUUGACCAAAGAUGAAGACGAAGAAGAUGAUGACGAGGGGCCUAAGUUGUUUGGAGUAAGGUUGGAAGUUGGAGGGGAGAGGAAGAGGAAGAGAGCUUAUGAGAUUAUUAGUGAAAGUGCAAGCUUUUUACUAUCUCAGUCAUGCAAAUAGAUCAUCAAGACAUAAUAUAAGUGAUAAUAUAAGUGAUUGAAUCCAUCUUUGUAGAAUAAGUAUCCAACUAUCAAGGGAGCUACUUGAAAUGAAUAUUGUAGCUUCUUUCUCUCUCUCUCUCUCUAUAUAUAUAUGUGAACUAGCUAUAUAGAGUAAGGGAACACAUAAAUGUAUGUAUACUUCUAAAGGUGAUAAACAGGAUGUGAAAUGACAUCCGUUUGUUCAAUAAUUAUGAAAACUUGUGAUUUGAAGAUUUGUACUUUCGU